AGUUCCGGUGGUUCGUCCGUCACAGGAGAAGAGAAGUUCAGGUUCAUACCAGGUUAACACUGCGUACGAGUAGUUGAGACAGUCCGCACUGACUUCCCCUGUGUCGCUUCCUAAUUUUCGUCGUACAAACGGGGUGGUUAACAGUAGUUCUGGUAGAGACACAGAAUGGCUGCACUGUGUCGUCUGAGGCUGUGCCACCCCACAGGCAUGACUAUCUCCAAUCUUCACACGAGCAGCCCUGCCUCUGCCAAACAGCAUUACAAAAUGCUGGUGCUGGGAGGAGGAAGUGGGGGUAUUGCAAUGAGUGCACGGAUGAAGAGGAUGUUUGGAGCUGAGAAUGUGGCUGUUGUGGAGCCCAGUGAGAUGCACUACUAUCAGCCAAUAUGGACACUGGUUGGUGCUGGUGCAAAAACUGUAGCCUCAUCAGGCCGUUCCACUGCAAGCGUUAUGCCAUCUGGAGUGAAGUGGGUGAAAUCUAAAGUUCAGGAAAUAAAUCCUGACAAAAAUACCGUCCGCACAGAUGAUGGGACUGAAAUCUCCUAUGAGUAUUUGAUUGUGGCUCUUGGUUUACAACUCCAUUAUGAGAAGAUCAAAGGACUGCCAGAGGGAUUUGAACAUCCAAAGAUUGGGUCAAAUUACUCAGUCCAAACUGUGGAGAAAACAUGGAAAGCACUACAGAACUUCAAAGAGGGUAACGCUGUGUUCACGUUCCCAAACACUCCCGUGAAGUGUGCUGGAGCUCCACAGAAGAUCAUGUACCUAUCAGAUGCCUACCUCAGACAGACAGGAAAAAGGUCCAAGGCCAAUGUCAUAUACAACACAUCGCUCCCUGUGCUUUUUGGGAUAAAGAAAUAUGCUGAGUCAUUGUGGGAUAUUGUGAAACAGCGUGACCUUCAGGUGAACCUGAGGCAAAAUCUGAUAGAAGUGCGGGCGGACAAGCAAGAAGCUGUGUUUGAAAAUCUUGACAAACCAGGCGAAACCAAAGUGGUUGAGUACGAAAUGCUUCAUGUUACACCUCCAAUGGGACCCAAUUUGGUGAUCAAAGGCAGUCCCCUGGCAGAUGAGGUUGGCUGGUUGGAUGUCAACAAAGACAACCUCCAACAUAAGAGGUAUCCAAAUGUGUUUGGGAUCGGAGACUGUACCAACCUUCCCACAGCCAAGACAGGCGCUGCAGUCGCUGCACAGUCUGGUAUCUUGAACAGAACCAUCAGCAAGGUACUGAAAAAUGAGAAGCCAGAUAAGAAGUAUGAUGGCUACACUUCAUGUCCGUUGGUUACAAGCUACAACACAGUAAUUCUGGCAGAGUUUGACUAUGAUGGACAGCCACUAGAAACAUUUCCCAUCAACCAAGCCAAAGAAAGAAGACUAAUGUACCACAUGAAGGCUGAUGUGAUGCCUCACCUCUAUUGGCAUGGGCUUCUAAGGGGCCUGUGGGGUGGACCAGGACCAUACAGGAAACUUCUUCAUCUUGGGAUGAAGUGAAACUGUCAGUGAAUAUUUACAUUCACUAAAUUUUUAGGGAAAUAAGUAGCACAUUUAAAUCUAUCCUUCUCUUAAAAGGGUGAAAAUUUGGCUAUUGAGGGUACAGACAUCAUGACAAAUAACAAGUUUGAUCAGGUUAACGGCAGUAUUUAUCAAUGUAAGUUUAGUUAACCUACAUUUACUAAGUGGUGAGUUUAACUUGCCAUGGAAUGAUUCCCUGUAAUGAGAAAUAGUUGCUCAUAGUGCAGAAAACACUGAACAUGAACACUUAACUCAACAGUUCUGUGGAGCUUUUAACUGCUUAUAGGUCAGUCUUUUGGGUAUUAUGUGGACAUGCUAAAUGUAAGGUCUUGUUGGUUUCAUUAAUCUCAUUAUUAAACCAGCGAUGUGUGUUUUUAAAAGCCAGUAGGUUUCACCCGAGUCCACAGUCUAACUGAAGUUGGCCAGGUUCAUAAAGUUUAUUCAACUUGUUGCAGCAGAGAUUAUGCUUCAUGCCACCCACAUAUAUCCAAUAAAUUGACCCAAAUUGGACCUGUUUUUGAAAUUGUGGCAAAGGGUAAAAUAAUAGUUUGAAAUGUUGAUGUUUUAGGACAAUUAUAUGGUUAUUUGUUUUUGCAGUUUAUUGGCCAUUAACAUUGCCUACCAUUAAUUUAGGGUGUUGUGAUGAUAAACAAAUAGACUUUUUGUGAUUUUUACAAUUACAAUUUUGUAUAGUAGGGUAAGGUCCUGUUAUAUAUUAUUAACUUUAAUGCUCACACAUCCGGUCUGUAAAAAUGUAUGUUUUUCAUUUGUAUAAGUGGUCUUUGGGAAUGUUCGACCAUUAUCGUGCAAACAACCACAAGUGCUUUUCUUACAUAUAAACCUCAGAAAUAUAGUUUUGUACAUUGUGAUUAUCUUUCAGAGCUGUUUAGAGGCGGUUAUGCAGUAGGUUCUACAGUCAUGGUUGUAUGAUAAAAAGAGUCAUUAUUCUAAAAUUGUUCAAAUUACUUAUAAACAUCUGUUAUUAUGAUAUUGUUAUAAAAAAAUGAAAAUGUUGAUGACAAAUCAAACGUAUGUAUAAUCAGUAUAAUCAUUUCAGCCCUAUUGGACUUAAUCUAAUAGUGCUCCUGAAAUAAUUAAUUUCUCUGAGGCCCCUGAUAAAUAUUAUCAGCUGAACAACUCCCACUGCUUAACCAUAGUGUUUUCAGAUUGAUGAUUGCCUUUUUCUUUCAAAAGUCAUCAGCAGGAUAACACUGCAAACUGAAAAAAACAUGCUGUCUGAUCUGGAAGAAAUCCUAAUAAGCAGAACUGUUUUUGUUUGUUGACAGAUAAUCAUUAUUGCACUCCAGGCAGCCAGUUCAUUUCACUGUGGUAUAGCCAGCUUUAGAGCCUGACAUUGGCUGAGAAUUGAGAAUGACUGUUGCAUUAUUGUCUUAAAUAUUUUUCUUUAAAAAAAUAAAAAUAAAAAAUGUAUACUGGG